AAAGUAACAUUAUUUUAAAAUUAUUUUUGCGAAGACUGUCAUGGCAGCCAUGGAUCUGGAGAAACUCUCUCUCUUUAUAAAGGAGAAAAGACAAGAAAUAGAUGAAAUAAUGAGCUAUGUUGGUCUGAAAAAGGAAAAAUUAAACGAAACAAUGCCAAAGCUUGUGCCGUGUACAUACAAUCAUCACCAUUAUGUACCUGAAGAGUCACGUGAUGCCCACCUAAAGAGGUGUCCAUACAAUGCUUUAGGGAUGAAACCCAACGAAAUACAGAUAUUUCUCGAUCAAUUGGAUUUUUCUGAUCCAAAUAAUGAGCCAGUGAUUAUAGAUUCUUCCAUCUCUGAAGCAGUUCAGCAGUUUAUCCUCAACAAGAGAAAGGAGAGCAGCCUCAUCCCACCACAUGCUACUCACAAUAAAUUCUCCUCCCUCGAAGGCGGAGAGAGCAAAAAAGAAAUAUUAGAAUCAAACGACCCGAUUCUAUUAAUAAGGUACAUAAAGUCAUGGACGUCAAUCCCUCGUGUUUUUUGUCAGUUGGUCCCCACGGGGAUACAUCCUGUUCCCCUCAAGGCGUGGCUCUUUAGAAACAUCCCGGAAUAUCACUCAUACAAGCAUGAGAUGAGUGGUGAUUUGCAUAUUGUGGACACUGUAAUGUAUCAAUUUAACUUGACGCCAAACCUCACUCCUGAUCAAUUGGUUGGAAGAUUAACUCCAUAUCUGUUUGGAGUUAGUCGCAGUUUUGUACUCUCAUUAUGGAAGUUCCUUUCUAUAUUGAAAGUUCAACAGGAACAUAACAUUGCUGAUAAAACAGUAGAAGAUUUAUUACCACUACAAACUGAAGAUGGCAAGCCUGUGACAAGCCUAGUCUCACAAAUUAAAAUGCUAGCCAGUGAAGUCUCUACUCUUCCAUCCCUCCCUCUACCAAUGAGCUCUGUCCUGUCUUCAGCAGAAGAGAAACGUGUCUUGUAUGAUUAUGUGGUCGAGUUGGGGAAGGAACUCGUGGGAGACUCUAAAGAUUAUCUUCAGGACUCUGAUUUAUUUCGUGACGAUGCUAAAAUUCUUUUAGCUCAAUCAAGAGGGAGGAGAGACGAAGAAGGAAAGAGUCACUUGGCUCAGAUUAAGGAGAUGAGAGAUGUCAAAAGAAGACGUGCCUCUUACAGGGCAAAGAACGUUCACAUCACUCAGAAACCCAUCAAGCAAGUUUUUCAUGAAAUUAUUGCAGCCAGGACUGAAGAAUUGAGAGAAUUAUGGGAAGAGGCUCAUGGAGUUGGUAAUAAGAAUAAAAAUGAGAAAGAAGAUGAUAAAGACAUUCAAAGUGAGGAUAGGAGAUCUCCCUAUUCAAGGAGCAGACAACGUAGGAUCAGCUCUCAAUACAGAUCACACGAGAGGGAGAGAUCUAGAUCCCGUGGUAGGAAUAGAAAUAAUAGAUCAAGAUCACGAGACAGAAAAAGGAGGAAGCAGUCAAGGUCACGUGAGAGGAGAUCAAGAUCACGUCACAGAUCAAGAUCACAUGAGAGGAGAUCAAAAUCACGCGAGAAGAGGUCAAGAUCACGUGAGAAGAGAUCAAGAUCACGUCACAGAGAGCACUCACACAGAUCAAGAUCAAGAUCAAAGGAGAGAGAAAAGAGUAAGCAUCACGGCAAGUCCAAAAGUGAGCACAAAAGCUCUUCUCAUAAACAUAAACAUAAACAUAAAACAUAAGGACACAAUGAUUUUUAAUCGUAGUACAUGUGUAAUAUAAUCCUCUGUUCUAUACUUACUAAAAAUAUGUAUGUACAUGUACAUGUACAGGUAUUUGUGUAUAUCCUACCAUGGCUUGAAUGGAGGAGUGCCUCAAUGAUGAAUAGUUAAUGUUAAAUAAAGAUAAUUUUUUAGCAAAUUUGAA